AUGACGACGGUUGAAGAGCUGUGUGAGAAUUUUACGAAGAUCGGUUUGAUACGCGAGUGCGAAAAGCUUGGUUUGCCAACCACUGGUGGAAAGAUGGAAAUUGCCGAAAAGAUCAUCAAACCUCGGAGUAAGAUGAGCUCCAAUAGUGAAAACGGUGAUGCUUUAGAAGGCGAAAAGGAUGAUGAUCGUUGUUCGGAAGACGACGGUAACUGUGAGAAAGACGACUCACAACACUCUGGCAACGAGGAACAUGACGAAGACGAUGGCCCAAGCACUGAUGACGAAGAUGACGACGAGGACGAUAAUAUUGAUGAAGGAGAUUCCGAUUCAAUAUUUCAGACAGCAAUUAAAGCUACAUCAACACCCAAAAAUCCACGACGACACGCACCGAAACGACUGAAAGUGUAUUCUUUUAGAGACAUGGAAGAUAGCAUCGAAUCCUUCGGCGCCGAGGAAGGAGAAGAUGUGAGGAUGUGGCUGAAGCAGCUAAAGAGUGUAUGCAAAGCAGCGCGAUGGGACGACGAACAGCAGCUGAUUAUGUGCCGUAAGAAACUAGCCGGUACGGCUAGACGAUUCGUAUUCUCCCUUCGGACCAGUUUCAGUAGUUUUGCGAAGUUGGAGAAGGCACUGAUCAAAGAAUUCGCUCCACGCAUAAGAGCGAGUGAUGUGCAUCGUGCAUUAACCAACCGGAAGAAAAAGACAACCGAAUCUCUCCGAGAUUAUAUUUACGAGAUGCAACGGCUUGCGAUCCCGAUCGAUCUGGAUGAGCCAAGCCUAUGUGAGUAUAUAGUGAGUGGAAUAACCGACGAUGAGCAUCAUCAGUCGAUAUUAUUAGAAGCUCAAAGCAUCGAGCGACUAAAGAAAAAGUUGUUGAAUUUCGAAAAGGUAACGAAGACUGUAAAGAGUAAGACGAAGCGUGAAGAGUUCACAAAAAAGGAAGACAAGCUACGACCGAACGAAAAGGCAAACAAUAAGCAGAUCAAAAAGCAGAAUUGUUUCAACUGUGGCGAGACGUCGCACAUUUCGUCUGAAUGCCCACAAAAGAACGAGGGACCGAAGUGCUUCUCGUGCAAUAUGUUCGGUCAUCGGGCACGCGACUGCAAAAGGGGCAGUACCGGUAGCAAAAGUGCCGAGAAGACGAAUUUGUGA